AUGGGGUGGCUCGUCCCGCUCGUUUCCUCACGCAGCCAUGACCCAGAGGACGAUGGCGAUAAGGAAAGGGCAACAGGGUCUAAGGAAGGGAGCGAACCCAAGACUGCAAACUGGAAGCGUACACUCUAUCUCGGCUCGGCCACGUCGGUUAUUGUUCUGCUCAUCAACCUGGUCAUGGUCCUUUGGGCGCGUCUGCGGCAAUCAGAAUAUGGGCGCAGUGUUCUCCUGCUCUCAGAAGACUGUGAUCGUAUCAAACGGCUGAGCACUGGAGUGCAUCUGCUAAUCAACAUACUGAGCACGCUGCUGCUGUCUGCGAGUAAUUUUGCCAUGCAAUGUGUCGCUUCACCGACAAGAAAAGAUGUUGAUCGCGCCCAUGCACGAGAGAGCUGGCUCGACAUUGGUGUUCCCAGCGUACGGAAUUUGUCGAGUAUCUCUAGGAAGCGCCUGUUGCUCUGGGUUGGUCUUGCGAUCUCGAAUGCGCCACUUCAUUUACUUUACAACUCCACGGUGUAUACAACCUUUUCGGUGAACAAUGCUCCGAUAUUUGUCGCGAACUCAACCUUCACGUCCCGCACCACAGCCGAUAUCCCUCUCGUGCUUGGCUACGACUAUCCCACGCUUCCGAUGGAGACCAGAAUUUUGGAGAUAUCCAAGAACAUGACCAGGCUGGAACCGUAUGCCUGUUUCUCAGCAUAUGAAACUGAUUUUCUAUCAAAGUACGACACCUUGGUCCUGAUAACCACUGGAUUCAACGACACGGACGAACCAGGGUACAGCAGUUCACAAGAUAGUGUUUAUAAGCUCUCCAUCCAAACGGCCAGUAAUCCGUCAUAUUACACUCGGGAACCCGCGUAUUCUUGGAUGUGCCAAAGCGAAUACAGCUGGAACACACACAACACUUGGUCGAAAGCUUGUGCUGCUGCUCGCCGUGGGGUUGACGAGGAUUGGAUGGUGGAUCAGUACAAGGUUCAAUACUGUCUCGCGGAGAAAGUAGCGGAGAAGUGCUCCCUUCAGUACAGUUUCCCGCUGGCUGUGGUCGUCAUUGUGGCCAACCUGGCCAAGGCGAUAUUAAUCUAUCUCGUGGCAUAUCGCCUGCGAGACGAUCCACUGCUAACCCUCGGUGACACUAUAGCCUCAUUUCUCCGAGAUCCUGAUCGCUCGACGGCCAAGAGCUGCCUUUUGACACGCCAAGAGACAACGAGGCCACGUAUAUCCACGGUCGCAAGAUACUUUAUAUACAAGCCGCGACCAUAUGUGGCAAAGCCUAAGAGAUGGUGGAGGUCUCCAGCUGGGGCUCGCCGGGCCACCUUUUUCGCAGCAUAUAUCGUCUCUUUGGCUGUCCCACUUGGACUACUGGGGCUUGCGUUGCAUAAGAUGGAUACCACCGACGGAGUUUGGGACUCGGGCCUUGGAGCUGUGCGGUCAGGGACAAUAAUCACCAGCAGCGGCUGGCCUUUGGAGCUGAUCCCAAACGUCCUCAUUGCCAACGUUCCCCAACUUGUCUACUCACUUCUGUAUAUCCUGUCGAACGGAAUCCUCACGAGCAUGACCCUUGCAGCCGAAUGGAACGCUUUCUCUCACGCCAAAAAGGGUCUCCGCGUGUCUACUUCUCCCAGGGGUAAUCAGCGUACAUCACAUUUCUUAUCUCUGCCGUAUCGUUACGGAGUACCGCUCAUCGCCCUGUCUGCCUUGAUCCAUUGGCUCAUAUCACAGAGUAUAUAUCUGGUCAGCGCUCAUGCCUAUACUGACGGUGCCACAAAGCGAAGCCCUGACGACGACGUCCUAGCGCUCGGAUACUCGCCUCCUGCAAUUAUCAUCACCACUUGUGUGAGCGUCUUGCUUCCAGUGUCGUUGGUAUUGCUAGGCAGCAGGCGCUUUAAAACGGGUAUGCCGGUCACCGGAGGCUGCAGUCUGGCGAUAGCAGCAUCAUGUCAUCCGCAGACCAGUAAAUCCAAUACCGAUGACGAAUUGGAUAUUAGAUAUCGGCGACUACAGUGGGGCGUUGAGCCGCCUGUCCCGGGUGAGACAAGACACUGUACAUUUUCUGAUGCUGAUGUCGAGACACCAAAGAGGGGGGUGUUUUACCAAUAA